AUGGAGAAAGUGAGUUGUGUUCCGGUGAAGAUUCCUGUAAUUUCUGGAAUUCUGGAACUAUAUGGAAUUCAAAAUUGUGACACACUGUCUCUUCUCUUCCAACAGAUUGUGUUUUAUGAGGAUAGGAACUUCAAGGGGCGGUCCUACGACUGCAAAGGAGACUCCACUAACCUGCAUGGCUUUUUCGCUCGUUGCAACUCUUGCCGGGUGGAGGGCGGCUGGUGGGUCCUCUAUGAGCGCCCCAACUACAUGGGUUACCAGUACAUCGUAGGCCCCGGGGAGUACGCAGUCUACCAGCAAUGGAUGGGCUUCAACGACUGCAUAAGAUCCUGUCGGGUCAUCAGAAACGUAAGUCAUGUAAACUAGGAGACCAAAAAAAAAGGAACAUGAAAUACUGUAUUAACAGAGAAACAUGAUGAUGGCCCUGUUUAGGUUACUAUCAGCAAUUAGUUAGGCCCACACCUUUCAGAACUUCAUAAAUAGCCAAUAAUGACACAAUCUUCGAUGUUUGAUCUACUUUUUCCCAGGCCACUGGCCCCUACAAGCUGAGGCUGUUCGAGAGACCCAACUUCGAUGGUCAGUCCCUGGAGGUGACUGAGAACCUGCCCUCUGUCCAGGAGAAUUUCCACAGCCGCGAGAUCCACUCCUGCAAGGUCCAGGAGGGUUCCUGGGUCUUCUUCGAGCACCCCAACUUCCGUGGCCGCCAGUACCUGCUGGAGAGGGGGGAGUACUGCCGCUACACCGAGUGGGGAGCUCUGCAUGCCAACGUGGGCUCCAUCCGUCGCAUCAUAGCCACUGGAGAGAGAUGA